AUGAAGCUGUUCAGCUUGCUCUUUGCGAGUCUACUGACCACGGCCGUCACGGCCCGAAGUGCUCAACAUGUAGGCAAGAAACUACCAACCCUCGAAGCACGACAACCUCAAUCGAAAGUCCAUCGAAGAGGCGAUUUCCCACGAAGACAGAACUCCAAGUACGAUACAUCUGCGACUCAGAAGUACGUCGUCAAUGGCACGAGCUUGCCUUAUGUCGACUUCGAUAUCGGAGAGUCUUAUGCUGGACUCAUGAACAUUACCGACGAUGCUGAUGAUGGAGCGUUGUACUUUUGGUUCUUCCCUUCUGUCAACCCAGCUGCGGAGAAGGAGGUUCUGAUUUGGCUUAAUGGUGGUCCUGGUUGUUCCUCUUUGGAAGGGUUCCUCCAGGAGAAUGGACCUGUCUUAUGGCAGUAUGGCACGUAUAAGCCUGUGCAGAACCCUUGGACUUGGGUGAACCUCACAAACGUGGUAUGGGUCGAGCAACCAAUAGGCACUGGCUUUACUCAGGGCAAUGUCACAGCUACGAGUGAGAAGGAUGUCGCUGCACAGUUCAUGGGCUUCUUCAAGAACUUUGUGGACACAUUUGCUAUGCAAGGCUAUACCGUGUAUAUUUCUGGAGAGUCUUAUGCAGGCUACUACGUUCCUUACCUUGCAGAUGCCUUUCUCAAUGCCAACGACACGACCUACUACAAUUUGAGCUCGAUUCUGGUCUAUGAUGGCGUAUACAGCUACGAUUCGAUCGGCGAUAACAUCCCAACAGCAAGUUUCGUUGACUAUUGGGGUCCACUCCUCGACCUAAAUGCUACCUUUCUGGAGCAACUGCAUAACACUUCAGAAGCUUGCGGCUAUACCCAAUACUUGAAUGACAACCUUGUCUUUCCGCCGAAGGGACCGCUUCCAACACCACCAUAUCCUAACGAUAACAAUGACACUUGCAAUACCUGGAACAUGGUGUACCAAGCCGCUAGUGCAGUCAAUCCGUGCUUCGAUAUCUACCAAGUUGCAACCACAUGUCCAUUGUUAUGGGACGUUCUUGGUUUUCCAGGAUCGUUUGACUACGUUCCAGAUGGCGCCUUUAUCUACUUCAAUUUAACCGACGUCCAGACUGUGAUUAAUGCACCUGUGCAAGAGUGGUACGAGUGCUCACCUAUCAAUGUUUUUGUCAAUGGAACCGACAACUCUCCUCCUUCAGGCCUAUCUGUCCUGCCAAGUGUCAUCGAUCGAGCAGACCGAGUCAUUCUUGGUCAUGGACUGCUAGAUUUCAUUCUCCAGUACAACGGGACACUACUUGCUGUUCAAAAUAUGACAUUUGGGGGCAUGCAAGGCUUUCAAUCUGGACCAGACUCCUUCGAAGAUGCGUACGUGCCUUACCAUGAGGAGUACCAGUUGGGCACAUUGGCAGGGGCUGGAGUAAUGGGUCAAUUUCACACUGAGCGAGGCCUGACAGUCGCCACAGUCGACUUGUCAGGCCAUAUGGUACCGCAAUAUGCACCAAGUGCGGCCUACAGACAUGUUGAGUUCCUGCUUGGUCGGAUACCGGAUUUAGGAUAUCGAGGACCAUUUACGACAAUGUCUAAUACAAGUUACGGACGUGAUUGA